AUGCGCUCUGCCGGUGUCAAAGCUUUGCGAAAUGCAAGACUAGCUACGAAGCCCCCAAGGCCCUGGGCGAGGAACUAUGCCACCGUCAAAGAUCCUCUGCAAAAAGACCCCGUGGAAUUAGACCAAAUUACCGAACUGCCGAACGGAGUUCGAAUCGCUUCCGAAUCACUACCUGGUCCUUUCUCCGGCGUUGGCGUCUACAUUGACGCCGGUUCACGGUAUGAGGAUGAAUCGCUUCGUGGAGCCAGUCAUAUCGUGGACCGGCUGGCCUUCAAAUCAACAAAACAAAGAUCAGCCGAUCAGAUGUUGGAGGCACUAGAAGCCAUGGGAGGAAAUAUCCAGUGUGCAUCGUCUAGAGAAGCCUUGAUGUAUCAGUCGGCGACCUUCAACUCCGCUGUCCCCGACACGGUAGCCUUGUUGGCUGAAACGAUCCGCGAUCCCCUAAUCACAGACGAGGAGGUGCAACAACAAUUGGAAACGGCCGAGUACGAGAUACAAGAGAUCUGGUCCAAACCCGACCUGAUCAUUCCAGAGCUGCUGCAUAUGGCUGCAUACAAGGACAACACCCUGGGCAACCCUCUUCUUUGCCCACGGGAAAGGCUACCCUACAUCACAAGAGGGCUUAUUGGAAAAUAUCGGAAUAUUUUCUACAAGCCGGAGCGGAUAGUGGUGGCAUUCGCCGGCGUUGAGCAUGAGAAGGCUGUCCGCCUAACAGAAAAGUAUUUUGGAGAUAUGCCACGUGGGAACGAGGCCUCAUUGUCACAAGUCGAUGCGCAACCUCCUACGACCGAGUCGCAUACUGCACAUGCACAGUAUGAAUCACCAUCGGCUCCGUCGGCUACAAGCAGAUUCUUAUCCAAGAUUCCCGGAUUCAACAAUUUCUCGACAUCAGCACCCCAUCACGCAACCGUUUCUCCUCUCGAUCCCUCGCUCCUUCAAGCUGCUCCCAAUUCCACUCUCACACAGCCCUCUCGCUACACAGGCGGCUAUCUCGCCCUCCCCCCUCUCCCUCCUCCUCAGAACAAUCUUUCAAUCCCGCUAUCGCACGUUCAUAUCGCCUUCGAAGCCCUGCCAAUAUCAUCGGAGGACAUAUACGCGCAAGCUACGCUGCAGACACUACUCGGGGGAGGAGGCUCUUUCUCCGCUGGCGGGCCGGGCAAGGGCAUGUAUUCACGGCUUUACACCAAUGUUCUCAAUCAACAUGGGUGGGUGGAGAGCUGCGUCGCCUUCAACCAUAGCUACACAGAUAGUGGCUUGUUCGGCAUUGCCGGGGCGUGUGAACCAGGCAGGGUCGGACACAUGGUGGAUGUGAUGUGUCGCGAGCUGCAAGCACUGACCCUGGAAUCUGGCUUCCCGAGUCUCCAACUUGCAGAAGUCAACCGCGCCAAAAACCAACUGCGGUUCAGUCUUCUCAUGAACCUCGAGUCACGACUGGUAGAGCUGGAGGACCUUGGCAGACAAGUCCAAGUCCAUGGCCGCAAGGUUGGUGUCAAAGAAAUGUGCGCCAAAAUUGAUGCUUUGACUGUGGCAGAUCUGCGGCGAGUAGCCAAAAAGAUCCUGACCGGCCAAGUAGAGAACAAUGGCCAUGGAACUGGUGCACCCACCGUCGUCAUUCAAGAGGGGGAAGAUGCCUCGGGGAAGAAGGUGAAGCAAAUACCCUGGGAAGAUGUGCAGUCGAGGAUAGCCAGAUGGAAGCUGGGAAGGAUGUAA